CAACCUUAGAUUAAUCGAAAUUGUUAAAAAAUAGGAUAAUGGCUGAUCUAGAUUCCUGCUACCAAACACAGAUCUAACGCGUUUAAUUAAUAUAGAAUUCCACAUACAGAAGGAACCAAAUCCCAAACACAUAUUUAACGCGUUUAAGAUAAAACUCCAGAAAUUCCAGAAAAUGUGUAUAGUGCUAUACAAAGAAACAAAUUUGGGUUCCUUGAUUGGAAACUAAUUGGGGAUUGAGGCCGACUUGGAACCAGUAAAGAUGAAUCUGUCAACCCAAAAUAAUUUAAAAUAUAACGCGGCAUAUGCAGGUCGUUCGCAACCUUCCUUGAAAAUUACGUAAAUGAUUGAGAUAUCUCAACUAAGCAACUGCUAGAAAAUCCUUAAGAAAAGGAACUGAUUCAAAGGCUAGAGUCGCAGGACCCAGAAAAACCUGUAUGCAUGCCGGCAGCUACAAUAUAAAUUGACUCAUUACCGGCACAAUUUUCUUGUGAAAAUCCCUCACAGAGAAGCUUUGCUUUAUUCUGAUCCCCGAACUGAGAAUGGCAGGACGCCCAAGGCCUGUAGAUGUGGAUCUCACAUUCAUCUCUGCAAAAGAUCUGAAAAAUGUGAACUGGCGAUACGGAGAUCUGCGUCCUUAUGCCGUGGUCUGGGUCGAUCCGGACAACAAGGUUUCGAGUCAGGUCGAUCGGGAGGGCGACACAAAACCCUCAUGGAACGAGAAGCUCACCAUUCCCAUCAAUAGGCCGCUACAGGACGCUGAGCUGACGAUCGAAAUUAUCCAUGAAAAGGCCUCCGAGCAGACCAAACCCCUAAUUGGAACCGCCAGGGUUCGACUCUCAGAAAUCCUGGAUGAAGUAGGGUUUGACCAGAGGCAAGAGCGAACCCUCAAAUUGAAGCGCCCGUCCGGCCGCCCGCAGGGUAAGCUUGAGAUCGCCAUCUGCCUGAGGGAAAGACGAUGGCCGGAGCAGCAGUACCCUUAUCAGCAGCCCUAUGGCACAAGGGACUAUGCCCCUGCCCCUUAUCCAUCCCAGCAGUACCCAUAUGCAUAUGGCUCCAACCCUCCUCCACAGCCAUACGCAUAUGGAUAUGGCUCCAACCCUCCUCCACAGCAAUACCCUUAUGCUGCUAACCCUCCUUCACAGUACCCAAGUGGACCUUACGGGAACCCUUAUCCACAACAGGCCCCUGUUUCUUAUGGGGCUUCUUCUGGUUAUGGCAGUGGGCCUGCUUAUGGUGAGACUCAGAAGCCCAAGAGCAGUAAGUUUGGAGUUGGGACUGGUUUAGCUGUGGGAGCUGUGGCUGGGGUUUUGGGUGGCUUGGCUCUCGCUGAGGGAGCUGAAUAUGUUGAGGAUAAGAUUGCUGAUGAUGCUGCAGAGAAGGUUGAGGAUGAUUAUGCUAAUCAGGGUGGUUAUGAUGACUAUGAUGGUGGUGAUGACUACUGAAAAAGUAGUCUUCAAUACAGGAAAGAAAUGUCUUUUUAGUGUUGGUGUGAAUUUUUGUUUUUGCAUGAAAACAAUGUUGUGAGAACUUUGGAUUUCAAUAAAUUUUACAGUUGCUUACUGCUAGAAAGUGGUUAUGUCUAAAUGUCAGCUCAAUCUUUUAGUGUUUGAGAUUCUUGUUAAGUUAAGAGCUUUCUGAUCUGAAUUCGAAUAUAGAUCACAUGCAUUCAGUUGUUUGAA